GAGCUCGCUCCCAGGUGUGCGGUUGCGGAGUCUCGUUUUUCCCUCUGCCGAGUUGGUGCGCGAGUGAGUGAGUGCGCGUGUGUGUGGCCGGCCGUCGAGCGUAAGCGGCGUGCGCGCGGUGUCGUCCGCGUCGUCGCCAGCGCACACAGUGUGGAGAUCUGGGGCGCCCGGUGGCUUCAGCGUCCAGUGGCCAGCGGGCUGCCGUGCGCCGCGGUGAUGCUGCGGACAGCAGCGAAGACGGCAGUCCGGCCAUGACUCCGGAGCCCGCCUCCAUGGCGCAGGAUCAGCAGGAACCGGCGGCGCCGCCGCGCGCAGCCAGCCGGACCAGCGGCAACCUCAAACGAGUGUCGUUCGGCAGCCUCAAGGGCUCCAUGGUAGAGACGCUCGUGUAUCAGGACCAAGGACCCGCCCACGAACUGGCACCACUUCUCAACGGGAGGGGCGAGGAGGAGGAGGCGUGGCGCGUGCGAGUGACCCUGUACGAGGCGCAGCGACCGCACUUGGUCUCGACUCCGGAGUCGCCCGUCGGGCCAGACCAGCUCCCCCUGUUGGCCCACUCCGCUGCUAACAUGGCCAGCCAGCCGGACGGAUACGUCAGGCAGCAGAGCACGGACAGUGGCCUGGACAACCCCUUUCGUCCCGAUGGUGAACUGAGCCGGGAGGCGGACACCAUCGUGAGCCUGAUCAAGGAGGGCAAGCCCAUUACGCCGGUCAAGGGUGAGCCGGACGGAUUCUUCACCUCCCAGCUGGACGGCUCUGUCACCCACUCGUCGCCGCAGCAGCAGAACCAGCAGCAGCAGGCCAACGGCGAGUCCAAGAUCUCGCCCGCCAAGGCGCCAGCGCCCGUGGCAGCCGACAGGCCCGGAACCAACGGGUCCGCCGCGCCGCCCGGGGUCAAGAAGGGCGUCGUCGAGGUACGUGUGCAACAUGGCAUCGUGGUGCCGCCCUCGGACUCCUCCACCGUGGAGCAGGUGAUGAUCAAGAAGAAGCCAAAGUGCAAGUGUUGCGUCAUCCAGUAGGCGCCGUCGGGUUGUGGACAUUGUGGGCGCCGACUGUUGCUGCUUCGCUCUGUGCCUCUACAUGAGUGUCCUCUCUCUCUCUCCUACCCCUCUCGCGCUCUCUUUGGCUUCCUCGAGCUUUCUCUCUCUCUUUUUUUUAUUUAUUCAUCCCGUAGCUGAAGCUGUUGAGCAGCCGAUGGACUAGGGCGGCCCCCCCAACCCUGCGGGCCGCGCCGACCAAGCGGGAGGUGGUGAUGUCGUCGUCGUCGUCGUCAAAGUGAAAAAAUGCGUCGUGUUUUUGCGAUCCGAGCGUGCCUUUGACCACCGCCACUGCUCCAAAGUUUGUGCGAGGAGGAGCAAGGGCUGUCCCAGUGAAUUUCCAAAACCCACGGUUUUUUUUUUUUUUUUUUUUUGUUCCCGAGCGUUCGAUGCCGCAGUCGGCAUGCGCGGCUCUGUCAGUCGUAUUUCUGGUGGCACAUUCUUGCGGGCGCGCAUGAGGGCGCGGCCGCACGUUGGCGGACAUGUCGCGAACGUCCAAGAAUAAGAACAAGAGAGGCGCUUGGCUUUCCCAUUUUUUUUUUUUUUUUUAGCGAGGCAAAAAGCGGUGAAACCGUUAAGUCCUGAAUGGAAGUCCUGAGCUUGUCGUUCUUGACGCGGGUUCGCCCGCGCGUCGUCGCGUGGACAGUCCUGGGCGGAAGCCGAGACCCGUGGUCUUGGCGUGAGUGUGACGUGGACAUCUUAAGGUGCUCCCUCAGGCCUGUCUUUUAUUCCUUCUAUAUUUUUUUUUCGAUCGCCGAUUAAUGCAGUCCCACGAGACUUGGGCUCGCACCUUGAGACGUCGUUGUGUUAAAUGCGAAAUCGUGACAGUGGCGGCUUUUCACGGAACUCGACACGUACGCGAUGCCUCCUCCAUCUUCAGGGACGUCGCCGCGUCCUCAAGGUUAUCGUAAGGGCGAAGAAGUCAACAACUACUUCGCGAUGAAUACGCGUGUAGUACAAGGUGGGUACGUCUUUGGCAGCUUAUACAAGUGCGAGUCUUGCACGGUCGUUAAUCAUUUCCCACACGACGGGAAGAAAGAGGAAGCCGUGGUUUUUCGUCGUCCGAGUGGCCCUCGCCGUUCAGGGGGACCAGGCCUCGAUCCGGGCUACGAGUUUUCGCGCGUGGCCGUCGACGUGGGGGAAGAGACCUUUCGUAACCAAUCGGCGUCGUAGACGAGACACGGUGAUAGGAGAGGGCAGCAGAUCUCCCCGUCCCCGACGCGGACGGUGAAACUGUGUCUCGUAGUUCUGCGAGGCACGGCCCGCGCUGGCUCAACACCUUGUUUUCGUCGGCGGAGAGGACGCAGGCCAGGCCACCACUGCCGUGUGAUAUAUGCGGUUCUCCCGCCCGCCCCACUCCCGUAUAUCCCGACGCGAACUUGGAGAGACGAGGGCAGCCGCGACGUGCGUUUAUUGGGCGCGUUCGUCGGAAGCGACAUGCGCGCGAAGUGUACGUAUGUAUUACCUUUUAUUUUAGAGACUUGAGAGGGCCGUGUGUUGCCAACUAAAGUCGCUGGACACUGGAAAGUCGAGGGGAGUCCCCUUCCGACAGCGGAGGAACGUCGCAGUGGGUACCGCACAGGCAGCGGUAGGCGCCAGAGGCGAGCGUCUUCGAGGUAUCAAAGAGCCCCUAAAUCAACCAGAGGUCGAAAUUUAGUUUUGGUGUUGCAGUUGUGCACGAGUCUGCAACACGCAGCCGCGAGAAUUGCGGUAUCGUAAUAACGGAGUUACACGCGUUUUAAUGAUCCAAAAGCGGCUCCCGCUCGUUUCGCUCUUUCCUUCGCUAAGCUCCGUUCGUCGGCUCUUCGCUCCUCCUGGCCGAGUGCUCCUCCUCACCGUGCGAGGAGGAAGAGCGGCGAGGGCGAGCACGCGUAUCUGCGAGCAGGCAAACAGGUUCUUUUUGUGGAUCACAUGACCAGGCGCGAAUGGUGACGUCACAGCCAACGCUGCGGGUCACCGAAAGUCCCGAAGAGGACAAGGGAUUGUUUCUUGGAAUUUGUGCCGCGCCCGCGGCUCGUAGCGCUACCACGUUUGACAUUGUUCAUUGUGAGGGCAUUCUGAAAUCGUUGAGCACGUUUACUUGAAAUGUUAAAAACAUGGUGGUUUAGGGGCCCUUUAAGCGCUGGAUGGCUUCCCGUUUAUGUAGUGUAGAACAACGCGCACCAUCGACGACGGGUGAAGACUACUUUGCCUGAGCUUUCGCCCUACCUUCCGAAGCAGAGUGCUCUUUUCUGGCCCGAAAAAAAAAAAAAAAAAAAAAAAAAGGCGCUCCAGAACUGCGCUUCGGAGUGCAGCAGCUGCGAUUGUCACUCGCGUCCUGAGGUGACAACGGCACCCCGAAACUGAGGCAGGCGCGCAUGGCAAAGACGCCAGGGCAGCUUUUCGUUGUUUGCUGAGCAGGCGCUGUCGUCGGUAUCGAAGACCCUCUCGCAGCUCGUCGACUUGUUAGGAUUAGCGUCGGCCUAGCAAAUUGCACUCCCGCCGCCGCCACGCCUUGUCUCGAGCGCAGUUCCCCGAAAUCUAUAUAUGUAUGUGUACUGCCGGUGUACCACAUGUGUUGCCUGGCGAAAACCAUGCGCUACUUUCCAGUGCCUAGCGACUUUACUGCCAACUGACCCUUCCUCGCGCAAUCGCCGUUUAGCGCGUAUAUAUACGACGUGAAGAAGAAACACACACAGACACACAUACACAGUUAAUAUAUUUUGUCCUGCUUUGCGUGUUACCGUAGGUGUAAAUAAAGGCAGCUGCACACAUUAUGUCGGGCACCAUCCCCUCCUACUCACUCUCUCCCGUGUUUUUUUUUUUUAUUAUUGAUUUUCUGCUUCCUCCAUCUCGAGCCCUCGUGCAUAUCGCACGUGAAACAUCAGAAGUGAAUGGCUACACCAGCGGACAGACGCGCGCCGAGUCGCGACAGAGUUCAGUAGGCGAACAUCCCGUAUGCACCUUUACAGAAGCUCUUUCGUGUGCGUUCACUUACUCUCUGCGCAUUCUGUUAUAAGGAAAACGAUGCGACCUCUGUGACUAAGGCAUGCCUUCACAGCAGUAUUCAAUACAACAUGCGCCACCUAGUACAGAGUGGCCGGAAUUCGGAAUUGGCACUGACUAUAGUAAGCAAAGAGGCUGGUAUUGCUGCUUGGCCACGUGAAUCAAUAGACCGCUCUCACUGGUCUCCAGGCAGCGCGCUACACGCAGGAAAAUGCCGCACGCCUGUUGUCACGGCGCUCGUUUUAAUGCUGCGCGGGCGCUUCGUGCUGCGCGUUUUGUUCGCUAAUGUAGCCGUGGCUGUAAUAUUUUACAGGCUCCGCGGCCACCAUACAUGCGCGGUGGCAGAGUGUACAAAGGCUUCUCUCCUUCCCCACUUCCUCCUGUAGGUUCCAUUAUUGCAAAUGUCUAUACAACGUCUUUGAUGCCCUCCUUUAUUUUGUCCUUUCGUUCUAUUUCCCCGUUGGCUGUUUUUAGUCGCACCUUUGAAAAAGCAGUUGUUUUCGUCGAGAUGGCCCGUCGUAGGACGCCGCACAUGGGCGCGCCUCUGACGUAUACGGCUACGCAGUCACAUCGAUCCCGGUUUAUGUGUGUACAGAGGAUUUUAAUUUCAAGCUCUCGGCGUGUAACCUUCUUUCUUUUUCUUUUUUUUUUUUCGCCGUUUGCUCGCAGAGAUAUAGAUUUUUAUUUUCGGUUUAUACCUCGCCCACGUGAUUUUAAUGUCGCAGAUUUAUUUCUUUAACUUAUUUAACGCCGCCUGGCAUUAGAGCCAAUCGACAAACGAGUUUGGCGUACGGAGAAGCGCGCCCGCUGGGCCUUUAUUGUGCGCAACGAGCGUUUACAGCCCAGUGCGUUAGAAACGGUGGCACUCGCCGAGACAGUCGAAAAGGACACCGCGAUUUGUUUUUGCUUGUUUUUCUGUGACAACAACUGAACAUGUUUUUGUACUUUUAGGCGUAUACUGCUCUCAUUUGCGAAAGAGAUUCAGCGGCAGAAAUAGUGGAACGCGUCGUCACGAGGCAAAAGGGUUGUGGAGACAGCGACUCUUGUUUCAAGUACGACCUCUCGUCGUGACGUUUUCAAUUUUUCUUUUUUUUUUUUCGUGGCAAGAAAUCGUGCUUAGGAUUUUCCUCGUACUUUGGAACGUCCCCUGUCCUAUCAUUUUCACGCUGGUGCCGAACACAAUAUGGCCUCCACGUUCACUAGCUGCGAAGUGUGACGUCACGAGCACGCGGCGACAUUUGGAUCACGAUAUGGCUGUGGCCAAGUGAAGCCGGCGUCCACGAUAGGAGUAAUUAGGACGAUUUGCUGUGGCGUCUACUCGGUUAAAAUAUAGGAAUGCAUUGGGGCAACAUUUUUUUUUUAAGUACGUUUUCCGCCUUAAAUUACGGCUCAAUGUAAUCGAUAGCUAGAAAUUUCUGAUUUUGUUUGUUUCUGUAGGAUGAAUCGUCAGCCGUUGUAUCUGGCAAAUGCGUUCGUUGCUUUGAUUGGUCAGCGUCUGUUCGAAGCGCUUCUUUGAAUUGACUGCGUUGCGAACACCGGCUUUGGUCCAGUCGAUCGCGCCUUUAGCAUUACACCUUUGAAACACCGCCUCGCUAGGCCUUCUUAAUCUAAAAACGCAAUUUGUCUCCGGACGAGCCCCACCCGCGGGCGCUCACUAAAAAGUCGCGUCAGUCGAGCCCGUCGUACGCCUCUCGCGAUAUGUGAACUCCAUGCGGUGUCAAGUCGCAUGCGUUUCGACGUGGCUAGGCUUCCGCCACCGCUCGUACAAGUAAGAAAUGAUCUUUAAGAAGGCCUGCAGAUCCUUAUCGGUUGCUUUUGCCGAAGGCAGCACGCAGUCUUUAAGCUAAAAUCGGCUAUAAGGCGAGCGCUGCACUCUAAGCCAAAUGGGAGUAUUUGGGGCGUCUUACUGCCUCACAAAAGCGAGUGAAAGCAUGGCCGUGCAUGUAUAUGAUGCUAAUGAAAAUAAAUUAAGUGAGUUAAUUGGUGAACCUUGGACGUCGAUAUAAAGUGCACAGUAAAAUAGCCACACCGGGUGGCUUUCGCCUUCGAGACAUCUUAGGCGAAUGCAUAGAGGACAUCGUUUAAGCUUGUGAAGGAGCAUAUAUGCAUCCUAUUUAUACGACAUCAAUGUGAGACAAAUUACGCCACUAAGUGUGAAAUUUGAUUUAAUUUGAUACGCCUAUGAUCGUACUUGCAGAAGCUGCAGCUCUUCAUUGUCACACAAAGUCGUUAGCGAAUACAGCCGGCAGAUGCAGCGCAUGAUCAAGGGCAGCCUCGUGUUCAAGAUCGUGUUCGCCUCUGUGUAGCAGCCUGAUGACAACUCUGUGCCGUGUUUUCCACUGGUGUCUUUGGUGUUACCGCGACCCGCUUGUAUACGGUGACGUGUUCGCUUCAUAGCCGAACGUACCGAAGGCGUUUUUUUUUUUUUUUUCUGUCAUCGUGUCUGUGUGGUUGAGUGUGUGGCCGCGAGUGUCGAAAGAGCACGCAACCUUCUUGCGUAUAGGUACGAGAUGGACUCGUCAAAGUGUGAGAACACGCGUGUCGGUUUUUGCACGUGCAGACUUGUCGGUUUAUGACAUGGUGUGACACAAGUAGUGGAUUGUGACGUCAGUGAUUUGUAUGCACAGCGUAGCAAACGACGGGGACUUGUAGAUGAAUGUGUGUAUUGACGAGGGCUGUGCCCGUUUCACACGUUGACAAUGCUUUUUCAGCGGCACUUGGUUUGUUCUGUCAGCUUGACGCAGCUUUCCAGUAAUUUUUUUUUUUAUGGGGAAGAAGGCGAAGUGUGUGGAACAUAAUCUAGUGGGGUCGUUUCCUGUGCAUGGUGAUCAUUCAGCGAAAUAGUUAGAUGCAGCGUCUUCCCAAACAAGCGGAGCCACGCGGACACGACUAGCGUCAACAUUGACAGGUCUAUAUGUGCGAUUGUGUAAUAUACGCACUGUCCAGGAGCCCUGCAGACGAAGGCAAACACCGCCUUUCAAAAUUUUAUGUCGCCAUUAGUCCUGUGACACGGCACAUCGAACAUCCACGCUCCCGACAGCUUCGUUUCUUCGGCAAACGCUGCAUGCACCUUUAUCGCUGGUUCCUCGUUUUCCGGUAAUCAAAGAGUCGUUGCAAUCGGUCGUUACUGCACGCCAUUGGAAUCAGUGGCACCAAAUGGAAUUCAGUGGCGUUCAGCCAGUCCAACACUGCAAAGCCGUGACAAUUAAAGAGCUGAAAGCGCCAUGUUCGCUGAACAAUCAUCGUAAGCGAUUGUUCCAAGAAUUUCCACCCCGAUUGGAUAAUCGUUAAGUCUCGCCACAUAUCUACCACCACGUUGAAUAGACGUUUGUUGUUGAAUCCUUUCACCGGCCUCGGUAAUGCCCGCUGCUCUUAUCUGUGAGGUCCUACGGUAAAGCCUCGUUAUGACGAAAACCGCGACAUAACGUUUUGUCUAAAAGAAAAUGCUGCGGUUGACGGCGAUGCCGCAGCUGCGUAGGAAACACGCUCAUAGCGUAAACUUUGUCAUUGCUGUGAACUUUCCUGCGAUCGAGGCCUUACCGUGUGACCAGAGUCGUGUCGGUUCAGCCUUACUGUUCGUGCAUGGUUCCGUGACAUUGAUGUGUUUUUUUUUUUUGUUUCUUUAAAAUGAGAGGCCGCUCACGUUCCUCUUUCCACUUGUUCUGCCUUGCACGUGCUGUCCUGACGAGCCGUCGCGAGACAGAGGGAGUGGAUAGGGAGGCGUGGGCGCCGACUGAACCGUUUGAACAGCGCCGCAUGUUGUGUGUGCGCGACCAUGUGUGGCGCUGUGGUUGUACCCCGUGCGUUCAUCAGCACGCAGUGUAUGCCGACGUGGCAGAGAGAGCGCAGUGUUGCGGGUCGACGAUGGGCCAGCGAUUGUACAAAAAACUUGAGACGGGCCCGUAUGUAGGCUGGUCUGAAUAAAAAUGUGCACCUGCAGAUCAAA